AUGGCUGCCAGCCGGAGGCACGUAAAGAACCUGAGUCGGCACAGAGCGGCAACGGCUCCGGCCACUAAACGAAGAUGCCAUCUUCCGGAACCAAAUGAUUUUGUAUUUUUCUCCGAGCAGUGCCUUCGUGCUAUGGACAUAUUCAAAAACGGAGACUCGAAGGGUGCAGAGAGAAUGAGGGAGGAGCUAAACCAGCUACUUCGCUCUCGGGGUUUGAGUGUUUUCCGUAAAGCGAUGAUUGAGCUUCUCAUCUCAGAAGUGUCGAACAGCAACGUCCCGGAUGAGGACUUAGAUGAUCCUCGCCAACAUGCUUUCAAUUGCAUGCAAAUUGUCGGCAGACUUCGAGAGCAAGGAGUCCCUCCAGAUCUUGAGAGUGCGGUCAGCUUUGUUGGACGGCGGGCGAAAAAGGUUGCUAUGCCUUACGUUCAGGAAAGAAUACAGGAAGAGGCUGCGAGGAGAAAUGGAGGGCUACAGGUACCAACGAAUACUCCGCAGCCAACCAUGAAAUGA